AUGUCCUCCGCCAAAUCGCGCCUGUCCAGUUUGGCAGCGCAGAUAUUCCCUGCCAGCGCUCAGCUUCCAUCCACCAAGUCAAUCGACAAUCUCAGCAUCGACAACCACACCGUGGGUACUCUGUCAUGGUACAACGUCCAUACUCUUUCCCCGGCGUUCUUUCUUCCCCGCGCAGCAUCCAUCGAGCCUAACGCCCCAGCCAUCUAUCAUCGCACGGCCAACAACAAAAUCCUGAGAAGGUCGUACAUCGAGUUCGCCGACAGAGCUCGAGGAUUCGCGUAUUAUAUCAAGAAGAAGGAAUACAAGAGAAUCGGGAUAUUGUCCACGAAUACCCCGGCUUUCCUCGAGGCCGUCUUCGGCAUUGGGGCCGCAGGUGCGAUCAAUAUCGCCAUCAAUUAUCGGUUGAAAAAGGACGACAUCGCCUAUAUCUUCGACCAUGCAGAUGCGGAUGCCAUAGUAGUCGACGCCGAGUUCCUGAACUUGCUCGACGACUAUAGGCAAAACCAUCCUGACGUACCCAUCAUCAUCGACACAGACACGGAUGCUGUCGAGGGCGAGCUAUGUGGACCUUUCGAUCAGGCCGUGCUCGAGGGCCUCCGAUACGAUACCUCACUCGGAUCUCGUGGCUGGGAUGGCCUCGAGGCCCAGGCGCCCGACGAACUUGCCGUCAAUGCCUUAGCAUACACAAGUGGGACAACCGCUCGACCCAAAGGCGUCGAGUACACCCAUCGAGGUUGCUAUUUGGGAGCUCUGGGCAACAUCAUUGAAUCCGGUCUUGCGUAUCAUGAUGGUGAGCGGUGCAAGUAUCUCUGGACCCUGCCCAUGUUUCAUGCCAUGGGUUGGACUUUCCCCUGGGCCGUGACUGCUGCGCGAGGAACACAUUACUGUCUUCGCAAAAUCGACUACCCGGAGAUCUGGCGGCUGCUGAAGGACGAAGGCAUCACCCAUUACUGUGCAGCCCCGACCGUCAACACGCUUCUAUGCGCGGAUUCCAACGCCCAGAGGCUGUCCAAGCCCGUGCGAGUCACGGUGGCGGCCAGUCCUCCGACAGCACAUCUAUUUGAGCAAAUGACAAAUCUGAAUUUGCACCCAGUACACGUUUAUGGACUCACUGAGACAUAUGGUCCAAUCACAAAAGGAUAUAUCCUGCCGGAAUGGCACGAGUUCUCAAAUGUCAAGGAUAAAUAUGCCAAGAUGGCUCGUCAAGGUCACGGCUUCAUCACAUCACUGCCUGUCAGAGUGAUCAAGACCGAUGUACCUGAGGGCACCAUUGUUGAUGUUGAGAAAAAUGGUAAAGAGAUAGGAGAGAUCGUGUUCAAUGGCAACAUUUGCGCUAGAGGGUACUACAAGGACGAAGCCGCAACCAGAAAGCUCUUCCUUGGAGGUGUGCUGCACUCCGGAGAUUUGGCGGUAUGGCAUGAAGAUGGAGCCGUCCAGAUUUUAGACCGGGCAAAGGACAUCAUCAUUUCCGGUGGCGAGAACAUAUCUUCCGUCGCGUUGGAAUCGAUGCUUGUCACGCAUCCGGAUAUCCUCGAGUGCGGCGUGGCUGCCGUCAGCGACAGUCACUGGGGCGAACGGCCCAAAGCCUUUAUAACCGUCAAACCGAACGUCAAGGUGACGGGGGAAGACGUGAUCAAAUGGGCGCGCGACCACCCAGGAAUCAGCCGUUUCAUGGUGCCACGAGAGGUCGAAAUUGUCCCCGAAUUGCCCAAAACCAGCACGGGCAAGAUCAGGAAAAAUGUACUCCGAGAAUGGGCCAAAGGCGCAAAGAGAGAAAAGGACUAA